AAUGCGUGCUGUCUUUACACGCAGAAGCCCACUUUCCACACACCCUCAACAAUUCUCCCAUCUUCAUUUGGUCUCCGUCAAAAACACUAGUCAUGUCCACACACGACGGCGCCAGAGCCCAUAUUCUCGUCUUUCCUUACCCAGCUCAAGGCCACGUGCUUCCGUUGCUCGAUCUCACCCACCAAUUGGCUCUCUCUAAUCUGUCCAUCACCAUCGUCAUCACACCCAAAAACCUACAUACUCUCACUCCCCUUCUCAGUGUUCACCCCGAUAUUCAAACCUUGGUCCUCCCGUUCCCAUCUCAUCCCUCCAUUCCCGACGGUGUUGAAAACGUUAAAGACUUGGGCAACGCCGGUAACAUCUCCAUUAUUAAUGCUUUAGGCAAGCUCUUUGACCCAAUUACUCACUGGUUUCAUUCCCACCCCAACCCUCCAGUUGCGAUUCUUUCGGAUUUCUUCCUGGGAUGGACUGUACGCCUUGCGCAUCACCUCAACAUUGUCAGAAUCGCUUUUUUCUCUUCUGGUUCGUUUUUAGUUGCGGUUUCUGAAUAUCUUUGGAAUCAUUUAGAUGAAAUCAAGUCAGGGACUGCUAUUCAGCUUCAUAAAUUGCCAGGAUCUCCGAUUUUUAAGGAAGAGCAUCUGCCUACCCUAGUUCGACUGUAUAAGAGGGAUGAUCCACAAUGGGAGUUUGUGAAAGAGGUAUAUGUUGCAAAUUUUUUGAGUUGGGGUUGCGUUUUCAAUUCUUCCGAGGCAUUGGAAGGUGUGUAUUUGGAUUAUUUGAAGACAGCAAUGGGUCAUAACCGUGUUUUCGGGGUUGGACCAUUGAGUUUGGUGGGUCCUAAUUUAACUCGUGGUAAUAACCCAGAUUCGGACCCGAAUGCCAAUAUCUUCAAGUGGCUGAACGAAUGUCUGGAUGGAUCUGUUCUUUACGUCUGCUUUGGGAGUCAAAAGGCGUUGAACAAAGAACAAACAGAGGCUUUGGCAAUAGGACUCGAGAGAAGCGGGACCCGAUUUUUGUGGGCGGUUAAAACGGGUUUUUGCGGGCAGGCAGAUAGUAAAAACGGGUUAAUACCGGAUGGGUUUGAGGAACGGGUCGCAUGUCGAGGGUUGAUAUUGAAAGGUUGGGUUCCCCAAGUGGCAAUAUUAAAUCACAAAGCAGUGGGUGGAUUUUUAAGUCAUUGUGGGUGGAACUCUACUUUGGAAGCAAUCGUGGGCGGGGUGAUGAUAUUGGCUUGGCCAAUGGAGGCUGAUCAAUUUGUUAAUGCAAAGCUCUUGGUUGAUGACAUGGGUGUGGCGGUUAGGGUGUGUGAGGGUGCUGAGUCGGUGCCUGACUCGGCCGAGUUAGGGAGGAUUAUUUCGGAGUCAUUCAGUGAAUGUGCAGAAAUGAAGAUUAAAGCGAAGGAGUCGAAAGAGAAGGCUUUAGCAGCGGUGAAGAGCGGUGGGAGCUCAAAUCGGGAAUUGGAUAAACUUGUGCAAGAACUGAGAAGACUUCAUCAUGUCAAAUGAAGUGUAGUUGUGUUGUGAAAGAGAAUAACAUCUGCAAAACUAUUAUUAUAGUCUCUUUUAAGAAUUUAUUAUAUUAUAUGAAGAGCCAGUGGAACUUUUCCAUGUUGAAUCUCAACAACCAUGAAUGAGAAUGGGUAGUUGAAAGUAUUAAAAUAAUUUUUUUUUUUGGUAAUUUUAUAAUAAAUAAAGAAUAGAACUAAGAUGGGGGAACCCUACACAAUGCAACUCUUUACAUCAGCAAAAUUGGCUACGUGAUGUUAAUAAUCUCCCCUUAGUUGUUCCACAAAAUUACUGAAUUUAGUG